AUGGUUCAGUACUUGGCUGUUUUCCUGAUUCUAUGUAUUCCUUGCGGUUCACUUGAGACAACCACCUCACCACAGCAACAAAACACCGCAAAGUUAAAAGAUUUAUGUGAGGUAAGAGGAGAGAACUAUUUUACCUUUCGAAAAAAAGGUCACUAAAAGGAACGCCGUCACGCGACUCAUUGCUAGCAUUCAAAUUGAGGCUUUUUCACUUGCACAUCUUUAUUGUAUCAUAUAAACCACAAAGAUACAUGAAAUGUAAUGCAGUUUGCACAGUUUAAUUUGUCAGUGUCAACCUUUUGGUCCCAACUUAACUGACUUCCUUUAGGAAUUCAAACGGCAUUUUUUUUUCAAUAAAAACAACGAAGAACUGAAGCGGUGGGUGUGUGACCUUUAGCGUUAAGAGGAACGAAAUAGCUCAUUCUCACGAAUAAUGUUAAUCUAGGUCAUCUUUACUUUCAGAAAUCUAUACUGGGUCAUGGUUUCCCCGGCAUUCCAGGAUCUAAUGGCAUGCCGGGAGUGCCGGGCGUGCCUGGGCCGCAGGGGCCCCAGGGAAGAGAAGGUGCAAAAGGACAAACUGGUGAUAAAGGAUCACAAGGGACGCCGGGUCCAAGAGGAGAUAGAGGGCGCGAAGGGCCUUCUGGAAAGAGCGGACCACCAGGAAUCACUGGAAUAAAGGGUGACCCAGGACUUGUGGGAAUGAAAGGAGAGCCAGGCAUUGUGGGAAAUCAAGGAAGAAAAGGAGACAAAGGAGAGAAAGGAGAAAGCGCCAAAGCAAGUCAAGCAAGUGUAGUACCACAAACCAACUGGAAACAAUGUGUGUGGAAAUCAUACAGCGAUACUGAUAACGGAAAGAUUAAGGUAAACAAGACUUCUGCUGAGUGAGAAACAUAGUAUGAGUCUAUAUGCAGGAAGACAAAGAUUUCAGUGUAAUUUUUUUUUCAAAGGUUUGUUUCAAUGAAAUUUUACAGCUGUAGGAAGAUACAUCUUCGUACCACUGUCAGCUGUCAAAGCUGGUAAUUUAAUUCCUUCUACUGCUGGAUAAUGAUCUUUUAUUACAAAAAAUUAAACUUUUAAACUUUAAAAAAUAAUAAAAAAUAAUGCAUGAAUUUUGGCUUUAUUUCAGGACUGUACGUUCAAUAAAUUGAAGUCCAAUACAGCUCUCAAAGUCUCAUUCCAGGGAAAUAUAAGAAUGCGUAGUGAUCAGAAGUGUAAUCGAUGGUAUUUCAGAUUCAAUGGAAACGAAUGCACUGGUCCAAUGACAAUCGAGGCUGCAGUCUACAGUGAUUGGCCUGGGAGUCUUCCAAACCUUCAUCACCAUCGGUCAUUUGAGGGCUACUGCGAAAACAUUCCCAAAGGGACGGUUAGGGUGGAAUUAUGGGUAGGACAGUGUGCCAGCUGGAACUUGGGUGAUGCUUACACUGGGUGGGUCUUCGUGUCUCGUAUAAUGAUUGAGGAAGUAUCUAGGCCACAAUCCUAG